AUGUCUACCCCCUCCUCCGGCUCCUCCACCCCCAACCCGCGCUUCAAGCCGCAAGCCAGAACAGCCGAGGACAUCCUCUCCAACCAGACCGUCGGCCUCGUCAACCUCUCCGACUUCCGCAAGCGCCGCGCCGAGGCUAUCGAGCAGAAAGAGCGCGAUGCCCAGGAGUCGCUACUAGGUAGUAGCCGCGCUGGCUCUGGUGCCGCCACGCCCGUUGCAGGCUCGGGUGGCUCUACCUCCUCUGAGUCUCCUAAGAAGAAAUCGAAGCGCAAAGCUGGCACCCCAAAGUUGAGCUUUGGCGUCGACGACGAAGAAGAAGAAGGCGAUUUCACAACCUCAAAUAAGCCAACCCCCAGCGCAGAGUCGCGCUCACAAAGCGGGUCACCCGCACCCUCAGCACCAAAACGCAAAUUCGCACCCAAUGCCUCAAUCGGCGCCUUACCCAAAGCGCUAACGAAGCGCUCGCUCCUCCAAGAGUCGCAAGCGCGCGAGGCGCUAAGAAGAGAGUUUCUGGGGCUACAAGAACGUGUCAAGGCCGCGCCGAUCGCGAUACCCUUCGUCUUCUACGAUGGGGGUAAUGUCCCCGGCGGAGUGUGCAGGGUGGCGAAGGGCGAUUUCGUGUGGAAAUUCCUUGAUGGGAGUCGCAAGGUUGGGGCGGAGGUAGGGGCCGGGGUGGGCGGGGAGGCGGGGAAGGGGGAUGCGAAGGCGAGGAGGGAGUGGGCGAAGGUGGGGGUGGAUGAUUUGAUGAUGGUUAGGGGGGAGAUUAUUAUUCCGCCGCAUUACGAUUUCUACUACUUCAUCAUCAACAAAACCCUCGGUCCCAACAAACGCCUCCUCUUCGACUACGGCGCCGAAGCACCUCCCGACACCACACCCGACCCGAUAAGUAGUGACGAGAUCCCAGAGAACUACAACCCCCUCUCGCGGCCGUCGAACAACAAAUCUGUCGCCACUGCUGCGAUCCCCAUCGCGGACCUCGACGGCGCGAAUGACGACCCGACUUUCACCAAGGUGGUGGAUCGCCGAUGGUAUGAGCGGAAUAAACAUAUUUAUCCCGCGAGCGUGUGGCAGGAGUUUGAUCCGCAGAAGGAUUAUCAGACGGAGGUUAAGAGGGAUGUGGGGGGGAAUGCGUUUUUCUUCUCGUAG